AUGCGUCGCAACGUCGAUGAUCAGGCUAGCGAAUCCGCCGGCCUGUGGCCGCCAGGCACUGUACGCCUCGAGAAACUCCAUGGAUCAGAUGAAGCCGAACUCAUUCUGCAGCCACGACCUUCGCGAGACCCCAACGACCCCUUGAAGUGGCCGGAAUGGCGCAAGUAUCUGAACUUUGGCCUCGUCAUUUUCUAUGUCGCCAUGGUGGCCGAAUUCAUCAAUGCUGCCACGCCAACCUGGGAUCCCAUGAACGAAGAACUAGGGUAUAGCUUUGAGCUCUUGAACGAUAGUUAUGCUGCUGGCUGUGCUUCUCUAGCUGUUGGCUCCCUUCUACUGAUCCCAUUUGCGCUGAAAUUUGGACGUCGCCCUAUGUAUCUGUUUAGCACUGCCCUACAGUUCGGACUGGGCAUUUGGUCUGCUCGGAUGCAAACGGCGGCGGAUCUCAUGCUUAUCAACGUACUUCAGUGUUUCUUUGGCAGUCUUGCCGAAGUAAUUGUCCAGAUGACCAUUGCUGAUGUAUUUUUUGUCCAUCAGCGCGGCCGAAUGAACGCCAUUUAUGUCUGGGUCUGGCUGCUAGCUAGCUAUCUCGGAAUUCUCAUCGCUGGCUUCAUUGCAAAGCGCCAAGGCUGGAGAUGGAUUUGGUGGUGGAACGCUAUUAUAUUUGGUGUGUCAAUGGUUGCCUUCUUCUUCGCAUACGAGGAGACCAAGUACAGUCCGCCCGAGCCGAUAUCAACGCCUUCCCUCGAAACCACAACUGCCACGGCCACUGGCAACACUGAGCACACUGACAAGGAAACGAUCUCCAAGGCCACAAUCUGUGGAAGCCAAAUCACGGCACACAGCCCUGAGGACGGUAUUGAUCAUGCCAUUCCUCGAAAAACGUAUUUUCAGAGGCUCGCCAUUACCACCACCACGACAUCUGCCACGAGCUCUACAACAACCUUUCUCAAGCACAUGUAUCAGCCGCUGGUUCUCUUGGGCACCGUCCCGGCCAUUGCUUACGCGUCACUGGUGUAUGGUGUCCUCGUUGGCCUGGGAGAUGUCAUGUCCACCAUGCUGUCGACCUUUCUGACCAAAGCCCCCUACGACUUCACCUCUGACCAGAUCGGUCUAAUGAGUUUGCCCAGAAUGAUUGGUGUCACGAUCGGUUUCCUCAUUAUCGGACCCAUCAGCGAUUGGUGGAUCGUGUUCCUUUCACGCCGCCGGGGUGGCAUUUACGAGCCGGAGACCCGACUGUGGUGCGCUGUCCCAUUCCUCCUCUUCGUGCCCGUCGGUGCGCUCAUGUUUGGGAUCGGCUUGAGCAACCAUCUACGGUGGCCUAUCAUCGCCGUGGGCCUAGCCCUUUAUAAUGUCGGCGUCACACCCAUCAAUAGCAUCGUCAUCACUUACUUGACGGAUUCGUAUACCGAUAUCAUCGGCCCUGCCCUAGUCGCCGUCACUGUCGUCCGAAAUACUUUCAGCACCAUCUUUAUCUUUGCCCUAACCCCUUGGAUCGCCAAGGUCGGAAUCAAAUGGGUUCUCGUCACGAUCCUCCUGAUCGCCGGUUUGAUCCUUGCCCUGUUUGGUGUUUUCAUUCGCUAUGGCAAGUAUUUCCGUGAGCGAAGUGCUAAGAGCUAUCAAUAUUACGCCAAUCGUCAAUAUAAGGAGAGAGUGGACAAGUAG